GGCGGGGGGAGGGGGAGGCGGGGGUGUCCCCUUCCCCGCGGCACCCACAGCAUCUGCCCUCUCUCUUCGCAGGAGUCGACUUCAAGAUGAAGACCAUAGAGGUGGACGGCAUCAAGGUGCGGAUACAGAUCUGGGACACGGCGGGCCAGGAGAGGUACCAGACCAUCACCAAGCAGUACUACCGGCGAGCGCAGGGCAUCUUCCUGGUGUACGACAUCGGCAGCGAGCGCUCCUACCAGCACAUCGUGAAGUGGGCCAGCGACGUGGAUGAGUAUGCACCAGAUGGGGUGCAGAAAAUCCUCAUCGGCAACAAGGCGGACGAGGAGCACAAGAGGCAAGUGGCCAAAGAGCAAGGCCUGCAGCUGGCCCGGGAGUAUGGCAUGGACUUCUAUGAAACAAGUGCCUGCAGCAACCUGAACAUCAAGGAGUCCUUCACGAGACUGACGGAGCUGGUGCUGCAGGCGCACCGCAAGGAGCUGGCGGGGCUCCGCGCCGCCGCAGCCCCCGGCGCCCCUGACCUGGCCUGCCUGGAGGAGGAUGAAUACAAGCCCCCUGGCGCCGAGGACAGUCCCAAAGCCUGUUGGUGUUGAAGCCUUGCCGCGGCGCUUCCCCCCACCCCAGCCCUCCCCAGCUCGCAGCGUGGCCCCGUCAGCGUGCAUCUCCCCCCUGCGGGGCGGCGAUGGAGACGGGGUGCCCGGCCAGGACCCCCAGGACGGUGUCACACAGAGGAGCAGCGGGUGCCAGCGGUGGGCACCCGCGCCGAGUGGGCAGUGAGGAGGAAGGGGCCACCCUCUGCACUGCCUUGCCUCCCCCCCCCCGCAGCUGGCCCACGCUCCCCUCCGCCACGGCCCGGAGCCCACCUCGCCCUCCCGCUCGCCCGCCGUGUCCCCUUCGUGCGUGCGUGUGUGUCGCGGGCGCGCUUUGCACAUCCCCUCCGUGCCCCCCACCCCACCCCGUGCUCGGUCCUGUGCCCACGGGCUGCCCAGGCCCUUCCUUCCGGUUUUACACACAGUUUCCAGAAUAAAGGUGAUGCUGGAG